AUGCAAAGGGAGAGAGGGGACACCGGCGAGGGGAGAGCACGAGAGGGAGAAACCUUUAUCGCACCGCCUCUCCAUGCUCUCGUCCCCCCGUCUUCUCCUGUCAACGGACAGGACAGGGGUUGA